UCUUAGAGAUAAUCCGGUUUCCCCCACAACCAUUUAUCUUCUUAUUUUCAAACUUUCUUCCUUAUCGACUUUUCCAUCAAAGCUUUUGCAAACUCAAGAACCACAGGGAAGCCCACACUACCUUACAGACCAUCAUCCAGCUACUCUCACUCAUCCAUCCCCCUCAUCAACUUCAUCUUUGACCUGGUCUCGUUCGUAAGCUUGCGCCAAAUCGGAAGACGUUUCUGGAUACCUAUCAUUACUAGGUGGAUGGAUACAUAGAAUUGGCUACACGAUUUUACGUCAUUAUCAUCGCAUACUACAUGCCAAGCACAUCAACAUACUAAGUCAACUUAUCUCAAAGUAUCUUCUUUAGCCCCAUUUUAAGAGGUGUUUGAGAUUUCGCGACCCUUUGUUAAUUCUUAUUUCUUCCCUAACAUCCAGUUUUGUUCACCCCCUCGCUGGAUUGUUACUUCGCAUUCUCAUAACUUGUCAGCACACACAACAGAAAAUAAGCAAACAUCAUGUCAGAUGAACUCGAAUACCUGCAGGACGGCUUUGAGCCAGCUACCCUUACAGUGGCUCGAAUCCGCUCUAUUCUAGUCACACAUGAUAUCGAUUAUCCAUCCAGUGCGAAGAAAGCGCAACUCGUCGAAAUCUUCAACGAGAAAUUAAGACCACAGGCGCGAAAGAUAUUGAACGAAAGAGCGCGUGCGAAGAGAACGAGUCGAGGAAUCGUCGAUGCGGAUUCGUCACAAGAGAGCAGUACUCAGGAAAGUACAAUAGAAAGCCCACGGGAAAGUGAUGUUAUCCUGCCACCACCGCGGACACGAGUUGUGAGACAAUCUCCUGCGAAAGUUAGAGCAUCAGUGGAUAUUAGCGAUGAUGAGCGAGCGUACAGGAAUACCAGGAGAUCAACUAGGUCUAUCAGCCCAGUAAAGAGGAUGCCUAGAGCUAGUAGUCCUGUAAAAAGGACACCAAACCCAAGCGUCAAACAUCCCAGGCAGGAGGAGGAGAGUCUUUCAGACAAUGACGAUGUCCCGCAGACUGUGAGAAAAUCAAGAAAAAGCACAACAGUUCAAACGCCGAUGGUCGGGGCAAGGGACAAUUUGGAUGGGGUGGUACAAAAGAAAGACUCGCGGAGAGAAAGCAAUUUCACCCACGACAAUCCAUUUCAAAAGGGCUCGCCACCUAGAAUACCCAUAUCAAGUCAUGACAGUAAGAGAAAGAGCAUGGGUGGGAGUGCUAUGAAGGAAAUGGAAAAACGAAGGAAUUCGAUUUCGAGAAGACGCACGGUGACUCCACAAGCUAAUGUUGGGAUACGCCCACCGACUUCUUCCACUUUCGAAAUUCCUGUUAGUAGCCUCGAUGGGCUGAAGGAUUAUGAUGAGAAUGGAGUUGAGAUUAGUGAGGAUUUUACUCCCGAGGCACAAUUCGAACUCGAGCGUGAGCAACAGAGAGGGCGCACUACAAUUCAACCCCGACGAAAAGCUUCAAAUGGCGUCAGCAUGAGUGGUCCUAUUUGGAUGAUUCUUCUUACAUUGCUUGGUGGCUAUGCUACUUGGUACAGACAAGAGAAAAUUGCCGUAGGCUUCUGUGGAGUAGGUAGAGAAGCGCAUUCGAUAAUACCCGUCAGACCAGACCUUCCGGAUUGGGUACAAGUACUCGCCGAACCGCAGUGCGAUUGGUGCCCACAGCAUGCUUAUUGUAAUGCCAACUAUGAAGUUCAAUGUGACCAAGAUUUUAUCCUCAAGCAUCAUCCUCUCUCGUUGGGUGGAUUCUUACCCCUUCCACCAACUUGUGAACCUGAUGGAGAAAAGCAAAGGCGUGUCAAGGCUGUCGCGGACCGAGCUGUUGAGGAACUGAGAGAGAGAAGAGCAAAAUGGGAAUGCGGUGAUUUGACAGAUGAAUCUGGUGCACCCGAACCGACUGUUGAGAUAGAUGCCGAACAUUUAAAGAAAGACGUUAGUCAAAAGAGAAGAAAGGGCAUGGGAGAAGCUGAGUUCGAGGAAUUAUGGCUUGGUGCCAUCGGAGAGAUCAAGGGGAGAGAUGAAGUAGUCGUUGGUGCUGAAGGAUCAAACACCCUCGCAAGUACCUCACUCGCCCGUGUCCCCCUCGUCUGCGCCGUCAAGCGAUCCUUCAGACUCACAUUGGCAAGAUAUUAUCUCGAAAUUGGAUCUCUAGUUUCAGCCUUUAUCCUCUUCCUCUACGCGCGUUCAUCGAUUCGCAGUCACACAGCUACGAAAGCCGCAAUUCCUGCUUUGGUUUCACAUACUCUUCAACGUCUCGCUACUCAAGCAUCCCUUCACGCAUCCGAUCCAGAUGGAUUCAAGGACGGUUGGAUCAGUAUAGGCCAAUUAAGAGAUGAUGUCCUCCGCGAUGAACAUAGUUUGAAGAAGCGAGAACAAAUCUGGACAAAAGUCAAGAAAGUAGUGGAAAUGAAUUCGAAUAUUAGAUCUAUGCAAAGAGAGAGUCAAAAUGGCGAGAUCUCAAGGGUCUGGGAGUGGAUUGGCGCGUUGGAGGAUGUGGAUGGUAGUGUUAGGAGGAGGAAAAGUGGGAGAGGGGGUUGGAGUACGCCGGGGAGGGAGAGAGAUGAUAGAGAGGAAUUGGAAAAUACAAUUACACCGAGGUGGGACGAACCAGGUUCGAAGGGUGUUUAUGCUUGAGGUGGGAGAGUAUUUAUUAGGAGACUUGCUUUUCAUUCAGUUCAGAAAACGAACAAACUUGUUUAAAUUUCAUUCUUGAAUAUUGAUAUCCAGAUGUUCUUUUUGUUUUGGGUUUUUGGGAUUGCAAGGAAUUGUGAGCGUAAUAAGGCGAUGGGAUUAACGGGCGGGUAUCUGUGCCUAGAAUCUUGAGGUUGAGAUUGGGAAUGUUACUCAUAUCUACCUUUGAAACGAGAUGUAGAUCUUUUCCUUUGUACACUAUUGUUUGCUGGUUGGUUGGUUGAUGAUUAUUUACUAGUAAGAUUGAUUGCUCUGAGCAAGCAUAUGUAUGGGUGAGGGCGAGAAAAUAGGAUUUAAGUGUGUAUGUAUGAAUGGGUGUGUGUGUAUUUGUUGAUUUAUGUAGUUACCUAUGUAUGUAUGCAUGGAUGAUGGAUGGUAUGGAUAUUUGAAUGUAUAUACCUAGAGAUUGAUUUAUAGAUGUAUAGAUGUAUAGAUCACUCGACAGCUACUAGGUAGGUCUGUAGGUAGGUAGUUUUA